AUGCUUUUGGUCCCAUGGGAGUUGGCAAGGUCUACCUCAAACCUCAAAGCCGCCUCCUGGCUCCAGGACAUCGAAACCACAAAAUCCCUCCUAACUCACCCAUCCCUCGGCACAAAAUGCUUCGCAACCCGCUGCUUCGAAGUAAUCAACCGACCGACUCCUCGGCCCACCCACGAACCCAGUGCCACAGGGACUCCCAACCGACGGAGACCAGCUGGAACCCCAGUAACCCCAGCACCAGCACAUGGCCCCACAACCUCUGUCUAA